AUGCCUCCUGUCCAAAAAGGCGGAUUAUCAGUAGCUGUGCAACGACUUCAACAGGAUUAUGUCAGACUAGCUCGUGAUCCUAUUCCAUUUAUUGUCGCUCAUCCUCUAAAUUCCAAUAUUUUUGAAUGGCAUUACCUUGUUCUUGGUCCUCCUGACUCUCCUUAUCAGGGUGGAUACUAUCAUGGAAAACUAAUUUUUCCUAAAGAAUAUCCUUUUCGACCUCCGUCAAUUUACAUGCUCACUCCUAGUGGGCGAUUUAUGUGCAAUACAAGGCUGUGUCUUUCAAUCAGUGAUUUCCAUCCAGACACAUGGAAUCCAGCUUGGUCGGUUUCCACGAUUCUUACUGGUCUCCUCAGUUUUAUGCUUGAAGAUACUCCAACCAUGGGGAGUGUUUCAACAUCUCUUAGCGAAAAACGGCAAUUAGCCAAGGAAAGCCUAGAGUAUAACAUGAAAAAUCCAAUAUUCGUGGAACUAUUUCCUGAUGUUGUCACCGAGUUACAGUCAAAGCAAAAACUGUCUGAAUCCUCAUCCCCAAGUCGAAACGGUCAGGCGGGUGUAGAGAAUCAGGCCAAUGGCAGUCAACGAGGCGGCGCUGGUGGUGCGGUAGGGGACCAAUUGCCAUUCUAUGUCGUCCUUGCCCUCUUUGGAAUAUUUGCCAUCUCCGUACAAGUAGUGUUGGGGUACCUUGGAGACUCACUAGGAUGA